UUUAACCGAACACACUGUCACAAAGAGCAGAGGCAGUAAGCCACAGGUAGACAAAAGCUGAUAAAAUUCCUGCAAGAUGUCUGGCAUUGCCUCCAAGCUUCAGCAUUUUAGAGAUAAAUCUCAUGGGAUUGGAACCAACGCUCACGCACUGAAAUACCUGAACCAAGACUUUGAGGAGUUGAAAAGAAGCUGUCUGGAGAGAGGACAGUUGUUUGAGGACGACUGCUUCGAACCUCUUCCUGCAUCCUUAGGCUUCAAUGAGCUCGGCCCAGACUCCCACAAAGUGCGGGGAGUCACCUGGAAGAGACCUUCUGAGUUGUGUUCAAACCCAAAGUUCAUCUCUGAGAACGCUACCAGGACUGAUAUUUGUCAGGGAGCACUGGGUGACUGCUGGCUCCUUGCAGCUAUUGCAUCCCUGACUCUCAACAAGCAGGUUUUGUACCGUGUUGUGCCCCAUGACCAAAGCUUUGAUGAAAACUAUGCUGGGAUCUUCCACUUCGAGUUCUGGCAGUUUGGUGACUGGGUGGACGUGGUGGUGGAUGAUCGCUUGCCAACCAGAAAUGGAGAACUGCUCUUUGUUCACUCGGAGGAAGGCUCAGAGUUUUGGAGCGCCUUGCUGGAAAAAGCCUAUGCUAAAAUAAAUGGAUGUUAUGAAGCUCUUUCUGGAGGCAGCACCAUAGAGGGUUUUGAAGACUUCACUGGGGGCAUCGCUGAGCGCCAUGAACUCAGCAGACCUGAUCCACAUCUCUUCCAUAUAAUCAGAAAAGCAUUGAGCAGAGGCUCCCUUUUGGGAUGCUCCAUUGAUAUCACCAGUGCAGCUGAUUCUGAGGCAAUUACCCACCGCAAACUGGUGAAGGGGCACGCUUACUCUGUUACAGGAGCAGAGCAGGUUGAGUAUGAUGGGGAGAUGGUGAAGCUGAUCAGGAUCAGAAACCCUUGGGGUCAAGUGGAGUGGACAGGAGCAUGGAGCGACAACUCAUAUGAAUGGAGGCGUGUGAGCAGUGAGGAUCGAGAGCGACUGACCAACCGCUCUGAGGAUGGAGAAUUCUGGAUGUCCUUUUCAGAUUUCCUUCGCGAGUAUUCCCGCCUUGAGAUCUGCAACCUUACCCCAGAUGCUCUGACAGACGAUGAAUACCAGAAAUGGGCGGAAACAGAGUUUGAGGAGACAUGGAGGAGAGGCGUGUCAGCUGGUGGCUGCAGAAACUAUCCAAACAGCUUCUGGACAAAUCCUCAGUUUGUGAUAAAGCUGGACGAAGUGGAUGACGACCCAGAUGAUGAUGAGGAGGAGGGGUGCACAUUCAUUGUGGGCCUGAUGCAGAAGAACAAGCGCCGUAGGAGGAAGUUGGGGGAAGACAUGGAGACCAUUGGAUUUGCCAUUUAUGAUCUUCCUGAGGAGUACUCUGGCCAGAAAAAUGUGCACCUGAAGAAAAACUUUUUCCUGCGUAACCGUUCAGCAGCACGUUCCGAGACCUUCAUCAACCUGAGAGAAGUGAGCAAUCGCUUCCAUCUUCCACCUGGAGAGUACCUCAUUGUUCCCUCCACCUUUGAGCCCGGCAAGAACGGAGACUUUUAUGUGCGGGUGUUCUCUGAGAAACAGGCAGAUUUCCAUGAGAUAGACGACCCCGUAGAAAGCCAUGUGGAGCAGAUUAAUAUUGAUGAGGAUGACAUCUGUGACAAAUUCAAGAGGCUGUUUGGAUAUCUUGCAGGAGAUGAUGUGGAAAUUACUGCAUUCGAACUGGAAAAAAUCCUCAAUAAAGUAGUAGCAAAGAGAGAUGAUAUCAAAACCGAUGGAUUUUCUCUUACAACUUGUCGGAAUAUGGUCAACCUGCUGGAUACAAAUGGAAGUGGUAAGCUGGGGCUGGUAGAGUUCAAGAUCCUGUGGACAAAGAUUGAGAAAUUUCUGGAUCUGUUCAAGUCAAAAGACGUGGAUCAAAGUGGUUGUAUGAGCUCCAUCGAGAUGCGAGUGGCCGUUGAGGAGGCGGGUUUCUCGCUGAACAAUGCUCUGCACCAGAUCAUUGUGGCUCGCUACAGUGAGCAGCUCAGCAUUGACUUUGACAACUUUGUCUGCUGCCUGGUUCGCUUGGAGACACUCUUCAAUGUUUUUAAGGAGAUGGAUAAAGAAGGGUCUGGUGUAAUAGAGCUGAACUUCUUUGAGUGGCUGGAAAUGGCGAUGUUAUAACAGGGCCGCAAGUAAACACUGAAGAAUCUGGGUCUUUUGUGGAUCUGUAUUUAACAAGAUUACUUAGAGUUGUCAACCUUGAACAUGUGUAUAGUUUGCGGCCAGUUGCAGAAAGAGGUUUGCUUAAAGGAUAAUUACUAAAUAUUAGCUUUGAGGGACUAAGUAUUGCAAAUGCUUGCAUUAUUUGUCAACACAAUAAAAAUUACUCGACAAACAUGAUGUAAUUCUUUGGAAUAAAGGGGAAUUCUUCUGGGCUGAUGUUUAAUGAACUUACCUAGAAAGUUGCUUGACACUUCAUCAAAUAUACUUUGUGGCUUUCAAGACUUAAAUAAAAAAAAGCAACGCUUAGAUGAGUGUGGUAUAUAUGAUGACUCUAUCUUAGGACCUAAGUUUGACUGUGUUUACAUUGUUAAAAAAUUAGUGGAUUAUGUGUGACUCUUCCCAUGCAAAACAUGUUACCAUUCACUGAAAUAAAACCAUGAUUUAUCAUCUUUAACUUCUAAGUGAAGAAAAUGUAA